GGGCUUCUGCCGCUUCUCAAAUCUAUCCAGAAGCCGACAGAGCUGAAAAAGUUCAAUGGAGAGACUCUGGCCGUCGACGGCUACGGAUGGCUUCACCGGGCUGCCUAUUCGUGUGCCGUGGAGCUAGGCCAAGGAAAGCCUACCAAGAAGUUCAUCAAUGCCGCUUUGCAUAGAGUCAGGAUGCUGAAGCAUUUUGGUGUCACUCCAUACAUGGUAUUUGAUGGCGACUUUCUCCCCAGCAAGGCUGCUACCGAGGCCUCUCGUGCUAAAAAGCGAGAGGAUAAACUCAAGCUCGCCAACGAAUACCUCAAGGCCGGGAAGCCCUCUCAGGCAGCCCAGGAGUUUCAGAAAUGCAUUGACAUCACUCCCGAAAUGGCGUCCGCCCUGAUUCAGCAGCUGAAAAAGAUGGAUAUUCCUUAUGUCGUGGCCCCCUAUGAGGCAGACGCUCAGCUCGUUUACCUUGAGCGUCACGGUUUCGUCGAUGGCAUUAUUUCAGACGACUCAGAUCUGCUCGUCUUUGGAGCAAAGCGGCUGCUAACCAAGUUGGAUCAAUAUGGAAACUGCAUUGAGAUCAACCGACGUGAUUUCUGUGCCUGCCGUGAGAUUUCUCUGACUGGCUGGAGCGAUGCUGAAUUUCGACGAAUGGCAAUCAUGAGUGGCUGUGAUUAUCUCAACGGCCUUCCAGGGGUAGGGCUCAAAACAGCGUACCGGAUGCUGCGAAAGACAAAGUCCCCUGAGCGCAUUGUCCGCUUGCUACAAUUUGAGGGGAAGCGUAUAUCAGAGAACUACCUGACUCUGUUCUACCAGGCGGAGCUCACAUUUUUGCAUCAAUGGGUAUUCUGCCCUACUAAGAAAGAGCUCGUUCAUCUUACAGAAUUGGAUGGGACGCAUACAGCAGAGGAAAUGCCCUUUAUUGGAUCUCACGUUGAGCCAGAGAUGGCUCGUAAAAUCGCAAGCGGCGAUGUGAAUCCCAUUACGAAGCUGCCGAUCACCCUGCCCGCUACGCCUUCCAAGCGGAGGCAUUCUCAGAGUGCCGCGGCCGGUGAUGCUUUGGCUCGUCCGCUUUCCAAGCCCAUCAAUUCGUAUUUCAAGGGCAAUGAUCGGAUACCUAUGGGCGAGAUGGACGCCAAUUGCUUCUCCGUCGACCCUCAGCGACUUUCGCAAAUUACUCAAGGAGGGGCCGUCUCACGAGUGUUUCCGUUGCCGAGACCUUACAUACCUGAAUCGCAGCAGUCGGGACAGUCGGCUGAUGACACAGGUUCAAAUCAGUUGACGCAAGCCGCUCCACGAACCUCGCCUCGCCUGUAUCGACGACGAACUGAGCCAAUUUCUAAUCUGUUAGCCAGUGUGUCAAACAGCCGCCCACCCCAGGCAGACGCCUCAACCAGGCCUCCAAAGAAGGCACGCCUGUGUAACGACUUGUUUGAUGAUGACGCAGAUGGCUCACCAAAGAAGAGCCGAUUCUUCCCUGCCAAGAAAGCAAUUAGGAAGAGCCCACGCAAGGCACAGAGCGACGUGUAUCUGAUGUUGUCAGACGACUCCCUGGAUGAAGCACUCAAAAAUUUACCUGACAUUGAAGGCUGGGCGUCUGGACCAUUAAAGAAAGGUGUUUCAAUAUUUUCUGACAAGCAAAAGGAUCGUCCUCCUGGACUCACCUCUCUGGAGGCCACCCAGCAAGAAAUCCCCAAUGACAAGCCCGAGCCUUUGGUCGAUGCUUCUAUGCCUCUUCCAAAGCCGUCAGUCUCGACGCCUCAAAUCACCCGCACGCCCCCUCGAUCCAGGCUAUCCCGCUUUUCAUAUUCCUCUACAUCUUCGGCUACACCAGCGUCAACAUCAUCACAACACUCCUCAGUGUUCAGCGCUGCCUCUACAGCAUCCACCGCACCCUCCACUGCCCGAGCAAGGCAAACCCCUCUUCAACGGAUGAGAGCGUGGGCACUAAAAGCUCCGGCAUCUCCAACACUGCCUAUGCCGCGAAAAGACGCCGAUGAGAGCCUGAGCGCCAAAAGGCCAGUCGACCCUGCGCUUGUCCCUCUCCCCAAGGUAGACUUGGAUGAAAUGGAGGCACUAAAUAAGCCGUGCGGAAGCGAAGACCAAAUCAUACCCGAUAGCGACGGGGAUGAAGAGGAAGAGGAAGAAGAAGAGGUCAAGCUUCCUACCAAAAAGCUCAACCUCGCCCGCUUCGCCUAUUCUUAG